CCAGGCACGUGGAUGAUGACAGGUAACGGGGUGAUGCACAACGGCACCACCGUGCUGGACGAGUACGGACACAACCUGGACCGGCUCAAGGCGGGGGACACGGUGGGCGUGGUGCGCAGGGACGAUGGGACCCUGCACUUCUUCGUCAACGGAGCCGCCCAGGGCCCCGCGGCCUGGAACGUUCCGCCCAACGUCUACGCCGUGGUGGACCUGUACGGACAGGCGGCACAGGCCACCAUCGUGGAUGAGGGAG